AUGUCGUUCUUGAAGCAGCUGCGCCGACGCUCCAAAGCAAGCUUCCAUACUGCGGCCGACUCAAAAACCCCCUCACAUCAGGUGGAAGUGGUAUCCGGGAAAUCCUCCUCAACGAUCGACACUUCGUCUCAUGCUUCCAUUACUCCGCCAUCAUCGAUCAAACCCACCCUCUCCUCUCCUAAUCUCCCCUCUUUGACCGAGUCCAAUGACGGCAGCACCGUUAGCACCGUCAGUACAUCAUUGCCUCCGCCUCCACAGCGACCAGGACCUUUUGUCACCCAUUCGCAGCGGAACAGCGUCGUGGGGAGUUCGUCAUCGUCGAUCAAUGGGGUAUACCGGUCGCCGACCCCAAGCUCGCCUUAUGCGCCAAGGAUAGUUUCGAUUGCUGAUAACUCAUGGGUCCAUCAAAAAGUUCUACUUAUUUACGGCCAGAUCGGAGAUCCGCGACAUCAUCCAUUAGACGGAAGUAUCACCGUCUACCAUCACCAAGAUAAUUUCCCGUCGAUCGGCUGGCCCGUCACGGCAUCCCAUUUCAAAACCCUUGUUCAUCUCGUUCCUGGUCCCAAUCGCCUGCGUUUCGAUUUCGUUUCUCCGAAGCUGUCAUCUGGGAGUACCCAGCCAGUGAUCCAUUCGACAUGGAUUUGCAUCAACUACCUCCCCCUUGUCAAUUCCCCGCCAUUGCAUCUGGUUGUGUUACUCGGCAAGGAUUCGGACGGAACUUAUGACGCAGUACCAGAGCGGGUGGAGCGCGAAGGAAAUGGUCUGGAAACGGCACUUCGAAAGUAUCGCACGGCAGCGUAUUUAUGGCAGGCAUUCACGGGAGAGCAAAUGUUCCGCAACAGUUUGGGCCGGCGCUGCUUCCGCUUUGAAGAGGAAUGGCAGUCGGGCACUCUCAGUCGACGCGAUUCAGCUGCCCGGCAGAUGCGCAACGAGGCGAAGAUUCAUGUCAUCCGCUCCGAGAAAACCGUAGCAGAGUUACGAGAUCUCAACAUCGCACAACAGUAUGAUGCCGCCAAGAAAAAGGAUGAGCUUUUCAACAUCGCCAAGGAUGCCAUUCGCAAGCAUUUCAACCCGCAGCCUGGUCAAAAACAAUACGUCUCCGUCUUACUGCUGGAUUCUCACUGGGAUACCCAAUCUCAGACCAUUACUGGUCAUGCUGCUCUAGGAUCAGGAGGUGAUGAUAUCAAGAUGGCUAUCUUCGGGUCCCACUGUCUUCAAAGCUAUCCAUCCUGUCUUGAAGAGGUAGUGGAUGCAUUCUCGGACUGCACGCGGACGGACACCAACUACGUGGCUAACGACUGUGGCGAUGCUGGAUCUAACUGGGAGUCCGCGAACCUCGGCAUUGGCGCACACUUGCAUGAAGUUGGCCAUCUCUUUGGGUGCCCGCACCAAGAAUCUGGCGUCAUGCUCCGUGACUACGUUCGCCUGAAUCGCUCUUUUUUGAUUAAGGAGCCUUUUUGCACUCGCACCAAGACACAGGGCCUGAAGGUCUGUUUACCAAACGACGAGUGUGGGUGGCAUCGCCUGGAUGCGCUCCGUUUCCGCUUCCAUCCUUGCUUCCGGCUUCCCAGCGAUGCUUCGGUGAGCAAUGAUGACAGCGUUCAAGUGUGGCCAGUGGAGAAUGGAAAGAUUCUGUUUACGGCUUCCUCGGGCAUUGCAUUUGUGGAGUUAUACGCCGAGGGUGACGACGUCUGCCACCAUUUCAUCGAGUAUAUUAACAGCGAGUCCAGUGGUAACGGUUUACCCAAGCAAGUGUCCAUCACCGAGACCGAGCUGAGGCAACAAGUAUUUGGGACUGAGAAAGAAAAGAAGAAGAAAAUCCGCGUGGUAGUCUUCUCCGGCAACUUGGGAAGCUACACCGUGGAGGAUGUCAGUGCUCUCAAGUCCAAAAACUCCUUGGUCAAGCUUCCCAAGAACCAAUCUGGCUACAAAAGUGGCCAGCUGGGGCAUUCCUCUAUGGAGGGUAGUGAGCCGGAGCAAUUGCUCUUAGAGUGUGCCUUUAUCAAGACGAAGCUUUUGACAUCCAUCAAGGUAUACCAUGGAGCUGCGUUGGAUGGAAUUGAGUUCUGCUAUGAGGACAUGUCGAGCCAACUAUUUGGAAAACGUGGUGGAAAACCUGGGGGUGAUGAAUUUGUCCUCGAUACCCGCCGUGGGGAGAUUCUGCUUGGUUUCUACGUCCGAGCUGGACUCUGGAUUGAUGGAAUCGAGAUUCUCACCAGUCUAGGGAGAAAGUCGGGGAUCUAUGGCAAUGCCAAUGGCGGAUCAGGUCACACCUUGAUCCCGCCUCUUGGAUAUAAAAUUGCUGGAGUUGCGGGCUCCAGUGCAGCUUGGGUUGACGGGUUCUCUCUCAUCAUUCAGCACUGA